UGACCUCCAAACUAGUAGAAACUUCUCAAACAUUCCAGGCAGUUUCAUAAACACGAUCAAGAACUAUUUCUAUUUGAAGUAAGCUAAAAAAACAACAACACAAACAGUCCACACGACAGUGUCUGAUAUCCGCUGUUUAUCGUGGUGCGCGAUUUAAUACGCUAGUGAGAUAUAUUCACAUUACCCUAAAGCUUUAUAUUGUUAUUUAAAGGAUUUAAAUGUUAAAUUAGUGAUCGAUUAGUUCCGAGCUGCUCGCCGGCCGCCAUCUUGAACUCCGGCUGAUGAGUCACGUGAUCGACAUUGUCUUAUUUUUCGGUCGCCGACCGUUCGCCUGAGCGAUUCGUUUUUUCGCGAUAAAUUUGGGCGGUAAAGCGCUUCUUUUAGUCGAGAUUAUUCGCUUUGUUAAUAUUCAGUCUUCGUAUGGAUGACACCGGGAUUUAAACGAGAGCAGGAAAUCUUUUGAGGAAGUGGAGUGACAGACUCAGUGUAAAUCAAGAUGGCAGGUCUGUCUUUAUAUUUUGAAGAUGGCCAUGAUGAUUUGGACGACUUUGGAUUCGAUGACUACGGUUCAGAGUGCGAUGGGAUUCGGAUAACAGCGUUCCUGGAUGCAGGCCAGGAUAACCUCACCCCUUUGGGUCGACUGGAAAAAUAUGCUUUUAGUGAAAACGUCUUCAAUAGGCAAAUUGUGGCACGGGGAUUGCUAGAUGUGCUCCGGGAGUUCAGUGAGAAUGAAAAUGACUUCAUCAGCGUCAUGGAAACGGUUGCCAGAAUGUCUGAGGAUGGAGAACCAACAGUGAGAGCUGAAUUGAUGGAACAGGUGCCAAACAUUGCCAUGUUCCUCCACGAAAACCGCCCCAAUUUCCCAGAAGCCUUUUCGCGGUAUCUAGUACCUAUUGUGGUCCGUUAUCUCACAGAUCCUAAUAACCAGGUGAGAAAGACGAGCCAAGCUGCCCUGCUGGUUCUUCUUGAACAGGGUCUGAUGAGUAAGGCCGAUAUGGAGGGAAGGGUCUGCCCUGUGCUACUGGAGCUCACAGAACCCAGCAGCGAUGACGACUACAAGAUCGAGGCUGUAGCGAUCAUGUGUAAGUUGGUGACUAUGUUGACUAAAGACACAGUGGAACACCUUCUUUUGGUGCGUUUCUGUGAGCUGUGAAGCGACACCAGACUGUUUCAAGUCCGCAAGGUUUGUGCAGCAAACUUCGGCGAGUUCUGUUCUAUUGUUGGCCAGGAAGCCACAGAGAAACUAUUGAUGCCUAAAUUUUUCGACCUGUGCUCGGACAGUCUGUGGGGUAUUAGGAAAGCCUGUGCUGAGUGCUUCAUGGUGGUUUCAAACUGCACUUCUUCAGAGGUGCGGCGUACUAAAUUGUCCCCGUUGUUCAUCAAUCUCAUCAGCGAUCAGUCACGAUGGGUGCGGCAGGCUGCAUUCCAAUCUCUAGGUCGUUUUAUCUCCACGUUCGCCAAUCCUUCAAUCACAGGACUGCACUUCUGUGACGAUGGAACCCUUCGUGAGAUAUUCAAGAUGUCUGAGAGCAGCUCACAUAACUCCUGCAACGCCUCCAAUUUAAGUUCCUCAGAACAUCUCAUUCAGCCCGAUUUACACCAGCAGCAACCCACCUCCGAAAAAUCAGCUCCACCAUCACAACCUCCACAUCCAACGAGUUACUCAUCCAAUCCUCAUGAAGACAGUUCUGUCCAGGGCCUGUUUAGACACACCAACCAGCAGAUGGAUGACUGUACGAUGUACAGCUCCUUUAACUACUGGAGAUCCCCGCUGCCCGACAUCACCCAAGACCUCCAGCUACUGCAGGGAGAUGAGCGAGACGAGGAGGACAGAGACGUGUUGAUGGAGGAAGUCGGAGACAAAGAAGAAGCACAAGGUGAUGAGAUAGAAAAGCCUCCAAGUUUAGAUGCUCAAGGCCCGACCACCAGCUCGCAGAUCCAGAAGGUUUUGGACUGCCUUCAACCUCACCUAGAUGAUCCUGACGUACAAGCACAAGUGAAGGUGUUAUCCGCUGCGCUGAAAGCAGCUCAGCUAGAGAGCCAGACAGAAGAUGCGGAAGAUUCUUUGUCAGACAGUAACGGUUCUGUGGGUUCUCCGACGUCAGAGGAGCUCAGCGCCAUGAGCGAGCUCUCAUUGACAGACGCACAGAUCUCAGACUCGCCGUCUACUUCACCUGUAGAUGAUUCUGAACCCAGCAGUGAGGAGUCAGAACUGAUAGAAAAUGUAGAGGAAGCGAAAGACUCUGACAUCACCAAAACAUCUGAAGAAGAGAAGUCUAAAGUUCAGAAUGUCAUUCCACAGCAGUUGUUGGAUCAGUACCUGUCCAUGACAGACCCGGCUCGAGCUCAGACUGUGGACACCGAGAUCGCCAAACACUGUGCUUUCAGUCUGCCAGGUGUUGCCCUGACGCUGGGCAGACAGAACUGGCACUGCCUGAAAGACACAUACGAGACCCUCGCGACAGACGUGCAGUGGAAGGUGCGUCGGACGCUGGCGUUCUCCAUCCACGAGUUGGCUGUGAUUCUGGGAGAUCAGCUGACCGCAGCCGACCUGGUGCCCAUAUUUAACGGCUUUCUUAAAGAUCUGGAUGAGGUGCGGAUAGGAGUCCUCAAACACCUUUAUGACUUCCUGAAGCUGCUUCAUGCCGAGAAGCGUCGAGAAUAUCUGUAUCAGCUGCAGGAGUUCAUGGUGACGGACAACAGCCGAAACUGGAGAUUCCGCUAUGAGCUAGCAGAACAGCUCAUCCUGAUCAUCGAGUUGUACAGCCACAAAGAUGUCUAUGACUACCUCAGACAGAUAGCGCUUAACCUCUGCUCAGACAAAGUAUCUGAAGUGCGGUGGAUCUCGUAUAAGCUGGUGGUGGAGAUCUUGCAGAAGCUGUAUUCCUGUGGAGCUCAUGACCUUGGUCAUAAUUUCAUUAAUGAGCUCGUUAUGAGAUUCUGUCACUGUCCCAAAUGGGUUGGACGGCAGGCGUUCGCGUUCAUUUGUCAGGCGGUAGUGGAGGAGGACUGUAUGCCCAUGGACCAGUUUGCACAGCAUCUUCUGCCCAGUCUGCUCAGCCUCUCGUCAGAUCCUGUGCCCAACGUACGCGUGCUGGUCGCCAAGGCUUUAAGACAAAGUGUGUUGGAAAAACCGUACUUCAAAGAUCCAGGCAGUGCAUACUCUGAUGAGCUCGAGGAGGCUCUGUCUGAACUGAGGAUGGACAAGGACCGGGACGUACGGUUCUUCGCCACACUGGAUCCCAACAGGAACGUUCUGGACACGGCAGCGCUCAUUUAGCACCUUUUGCUGUCUGCACACCUGAACAAGCACCAGCAAGAACAACACUAAACACAAUUUACAUUGACAAGUGUUUGAAAAUAGGAACUGUCCACACGCUCGCAGUCGUGUCCCAAACACACUUUCCAUACAAGAGAACAUGCGCACAUUAUGCAUUCUUAUUUAUACACAAAAUGGGCCUCUUUUAUGAAACUAAGUGGCUAAAUUCACACAAUGAACCCUUACAAUGCAAGUUAAUAUGCAAAUACAAGAUGUUUCCUAAUCAAUAUGUUGAUAUGUAGAAGAUCUUUAUUAUGAAAUAUUGUACAGCAAAUACAUUCUACGGAACAAAAUUUGUCUCAAGGUCGACAUCAUCGUCUGUGCCUCUGAUUGUCAGAUUGAAAUAUCAACAAUGCUGCUAAUCGGAUGUGAACAGAAAUGCAACGACAAAUGUAUUUAUGCAGUGGUAACAUGCAUGCAUUUGUGUUUUAUAAAAGAGGCCCAUGCAUCUCAUAUAGAGGUCUAGCACCUAAACACACACACAUCUACAAACACAAUAACCUCACCUCUGGCUUCUCUCUGAACCGUGCAAGAUUUCAGUUUGCACCAUCACGGCAGCAAAAAGUAUUUGGAGAGACGAGACGAACUUUAGCAAGCAUCUUAACCGUGGAUCCUUUGUUUUCUAUCAGACUGUUCAGAUGCUACCAGCUUCCCCUCCAAAGCUAGUUGUACAUUCAUGAGAUUUUCAUGACUUUUUUGUGGAUUUCUUAUAAAAAAAAGACUAAAAAACAUGAGCAGACUUACACGAUGAAGUGCUACUAACUCAGGGAGACCUGACAGAUUUUUUAAGCCGCAAUGCCGGUAUCGAGCUGAGCCCAAGUGAUGCUGCAGGAACAUUUGCUGCAUUUACCAGCCUCCUGUUCACCUGACCCUCAGGAUUCACUCGAAUUGUUGCGGGAAUCGUCGUUU